CGUGAUUGAGCACCAUAAAGGGAAUAACGAGCUUAAUUUUUGUCGCCCCUGGUUCUUGUCACAAGAAGUGGAUGGUGAAAGUGGUGGAGGUGGUUUGGCUCAACCAGAUUCAAAGAGAUUGGACGGGGACUGCAUGAGGGAAAUCGAGGAACCGAUCGAAUUUGCAUGAAUUAAGGAUCUCAUCUUGCUGACAUUGGCAUUUGCUCAACUCGGGACAUUUUGCUGAAGCAAACUUUUCUUAUAUCCCAGAAAAAGAAAGGAGGCCUCUUCUCAAAAAAAACAAUUAACAUGGAAACAUCUAGCACGGGAGCGAAACUUCUGUUCCACUUCUUACUUUGUCUGGCCAUGGUGACCGAGGCAUUAGGAGCCAGUGGGUUGGAAAUGAUUGGGGUGUCGGGUCCCAGUUCGGUUCACGAAGGUGAAACCAUAACCUUGACUUGUCGUUAUGACUUGGGACGAGACGCCAUUUAUAGCAUGAAAUGGUACAAAAACAAGGAGGAGAUCUAUCGAUACGUGCCUACAGACAACCCUGAAUACAAAACCUUUCCCUUACCCGGCAUCGAGAUUGACAGCACCUCCACCCGGCCAAAUCAGUUAGUCAUGCGGAUUACGGGUCCUUUGGCAUCGGGUCAGUAUAAAUGUGAAAUCACGGUGGAGACCCCAUCUUUUGUGACUCUCCACAGGAGUCACAACCUCACUGUGGUCGCCCCACCCAAAUUGGCCCCGAAAAUCACAGGGAUCGAUUCCAACUAUCGGAUAGGCGAUCAGGUGGAGGUGUUCUGUACUUCCAAAGAUUCCAAGCCAGCUGCCUCGUUGAAUUGGAGAAUCAAUGGCAAACCGGCCUCGAGAAGAGAUCUGGUGCCGGAAAAGAUAACAUUGAAUGAAUCUUCGGGUCUGGAGACCUCACAACUUGGCCUUAGGUUUACAGCUGCAGCCUCACAUUUUAACAAUGGUGAAUUGCGGUUGAUUUGUGGGGCAGAAAUUGAGGGCGUGUGGAAGACGCACGUGGAGGGCGUGGCGUUAGGGGGUGGAACCCGGACCGAGGCCGACGUAGCUGCUCGAAGUGGCUUGCAAGAGGCCAAGAGCACACGUGAUUUGACCCGGCCCAAUCAUUUGCUCGUUCGAAAUCGAGCAUCGUCUACGAAUUUCCAACAAAAUGGGCUGGUCUUGGCUCUGCUUCUUUGGCUUGGCAUCAUGGCGCAUUUGAGCGCAUAGCUUUUCCAUAUUAUUCACAACCACGUGUAGCUAUCUAGUCAGUCUCUUUGAUAUGCGCUUUCUUUAGUAAACAUAUGAGUUUAAAUAUACAAUUAUAUUCAUUUGUGUUGA